UCUACAACGUUACUUUACCGAUAAUCGAAUACAUUGCUGUUCUUCCGCUUUGUGACUUGUCCUCUGUCAAUCAUCAGCAUCACGCCUCCUCUCGCGCGCAGCAGCAGCAUCCACGAGCCCUUGUGUCACAUGCGCAGUUGCGCACAGCCCGAGCGAUUUCCAAACAAUAUGGUGUUUUUGUGGUUCACGUCUGGGUAAAACACUCGGUAUUAAGAAGAAUAAAGCAGUAAAGAGAUGGAUAAAGACUUUUUUCAUAAGCCGGGACGUCUGUUGAUAUUUGUGAGGAAACUCAAAGAAGUGUUUGACUUGUGUGACGAAGACUCAGACGGGUUUAUCCGCCCUGAACACUUUGUGCAGCUGGGAUCCCAGUUUGGACAAGCAGAACAGGUGAAGAAGUUGGCCCAAUGUCUAGACCCCGACACUUUUGGGAGGAUCAAUUUCAAAAACUUCUGCCGUGGUGUCCUCACCAUGAAAGGUAAGAAUGGGCUCAAACUAAGAGUCUCUGUAAAAUCAGGUCAGCUUACCCUCCACAGUGGGCACAGGCCAACCAGGACACAGGAAGAGACAGAGCCGGGGCUCUGCCACUGA